CUUGGCGUCAUCCCGGCUGCUUAAAUGAAAUGCCCUGAAUAAACGUUUCGUUAUAGCUAGUUCCUGGUAGCGACAUGUCUGCUGUCUCUGACGCGGUUCUGUCGUGUAUACUUACCUUUAGGCAGAACUAGAUCUGCCGCACAGUUGAUAUAAAUUGAAUGUAGCAAGUCCUAAACUCUCAAAGAUAUUCGCCUCGUCUAACUCUGGACUUGCCACUAUUAGCGCCUUUGCGUACACCACACAACCAAACCAUACGACGCCAUGAAGAUUCAGUCCACCUACUACCUCACCAUCCUCGCCGCCUUCGCUGGGGUGAAUGCAGCUCUUGCUGAUAUGUGCCGACAUGUUUGCGCUAAUCAGGUUUCUGAGUGCCCGGCGGCAGGCGGCUGGGGACUCGUCCGGGACAACAGCCUAGGCUGCUACACCUGCGGCACUGCUGAUAUUUCCGCUAACUGCGCAUCAGACGAGGUACUCGUCUGGGACAGCAGCAUAAGAGCCUACACCUGCUGCCCUGACAAAUAGUUGGACUCGGAGUAGCCAUCGAGUUUGUACAGAUGUCGUGUUUAUCUUCAUCUAGUUACCUAUCAAAG